AUGAGACUAUUUUUCUGUUCAGUCAUAAACGGUCUGUCCGUAGGAAGAGACGUGGAAUAUGCCUUAAUAUCUAAAUUUGAUGUGACCCCUACACUGACAACACUGAGUGAAAGGCUGAAGACUUACAACAAUAACGUACCUACCAUCCCUGGGAAAAAUAUUAACAAAACCCAUGUGAGAAGCUCUCUACCAGUACAUCAUAAUCCACCUUACACCACCCCACGCAUACUUAAUUUCAGAUAUUUCCAUAAUUUUCCGUUCCUGAGCCAGACUACCCCACAUUCAUCCCUCUCGAACUCCUCAAUACCUACCCUUUGUCCGAUAUCACAACACGGAUUAUUCCUAGACGAUAUACGAAUUGUACUCCAAUAA